AUGUCUUCUGAAAAGAUUUUGGACUCCCCAGACGAAUCUCUGCUCCAGGAAUUCAACAUCCUCAGCAACUACUCUGAGGAGCAAGUGAUGGCCAUGGGCCGGAACUACGCGAUGAAAUACAACCUCGACCCGGAGCUAUUUAGCCGUGCCGCGGCCGUGGCUCGGUCCCCAAACAGGUUCAACUCGAUGGAAUUCCUCAGCGAAGGCGAAAAAGAAGCCCUUUACGAGGAAAACCACCAUCCUUGGAAGCUGUCGGGCCAAUUGUACUGGCUGAUUAUUAUGGCCUCUCUCGGUGCUGCCGUCCAAGGUAUGGACGAGACCGUCAUUAACGGUGCGCAGCUGUACUAUCCUAGCGAGUUUGGCAUCGACAACGGCACCGAUCGCGACACCUGGCUCGUGGGUCUGGUGAAUUGCGCUCCGUACCUGUGCUGCUCCACCAUCUCGUGCUGGAUGACCGACUGGCUCAACGAGAAGUUCUCCAGAAGAGGAACAAUCUUCAUAACAUGCACGAUCUCGGCUCUCACGUGCAUCUGGUCGGGACUCGUCAACAACUGGUGGCAUCUGUUCAUUGCUCGGUUUUUCCUGGGUUUCGGAAUUGGUCCUAAAUCCACCACCGUGCCAGUUUACUCAUCUGAGUGUGCUCCAGCCAAAAUCCGUGGUUCGCUGGUCAUGAUGUGGCAGAUGUGGACCGCAUUUGGAAUCAUGUUUGGCUACGUGAUGUCUCUCGCAUUCUACAAAGUUCCCUCGCACAAUAUCCACAAGGGACUUGGAUGGCGGCUGAUGCUUGGUUCUGCCUCGCUGCCAGCGUUUCUCGUGAUGGUCCAGGUGUGGUUCUGUCCAGAGUCGCCAAGAUGGCUCAUGGGAAAAGAGAGACACAAGGACGCAUACGACUCGUACCUGAGAAUUAGAAGACACGAGAUUCUCGCUGCCAGAGACUGUUUCUACACCCACGUCCUACUUCUAGAGGAGGCAUCGUACGAGCUGCCAUUCUUCACCAAGGUGAAAGAGAUGUUUACAAUCAGAAGAAACAGAAACGGAGCCAUGGGUGCUUGGGUCGUCAUGUUCAUGCAACAGUUCUGUGGUGUUAACGUCAUUGCAUACUACUCAUCCUCGAUUUUCAAGGAGUCAGGAUUCGGCGACCGUGACGCUUUGAUUGCCUCUUGGGGAUUCGGUAUGUUGAACUGGGUGUUUGCCGUUCCGGCCUUCAGAAACAUUGACAAGUUCGGAAGAAGAACGCUGCUACUUUUUGCGUUCCCUUUGAUGGCUGCGUUCCUGCUGCUAGCCGGUUUCGCGUUCUGGAUCCCUGAGGAUCACAAAGAUGCCAAAGUUGGUGUCAUCGCCCUGGGUAUCUACCUGUUCACCAUUGUUUACUCUUCGUCAGAGGGGCCUGUUCCGUUCACCUACUCGGCAGAAUGCGCUGCGCUCUACGUUCGUGAUGUGACGAUGUCCUUUGCCACUGCCACGUGCUGGUUCUUCAACUUCAUUCUGUCGCUCACCUGGCCAUCCCUGCUGAAGGCAUUCAAGCCACAGGGCGCCUUUGGCUGGUAUGCCGGCUGGAACAUUGUUGGAUUUUUCCUGGUGCUAUGGCUGCUGCCAGAAACCAAGAAUCUGACUCUGGAGGAGCUGGAUGAGGUGUUUGACGUUUCUGCAGCCGAGCACGCCAAGUACCAGACCAAGAACCUGUGGAACGGUGUUCAAAGAAAGGUUCUGCGCCGUGACAUUCCUAAGAUGGAGCCGCUGUACCACUCGCACCGCGUGGCCAUCAAGAACAACGAGUGGGUCGAGAUGAAGCACGGCGAGGCCGAGCACGUCGAGGCAAAAUAA